AUGGGGCUCCAGGCUGGGACACACCGGCUCCACAGGGACCUUGUCCUCCUGCCCGCUGUGGUGGGGAUGCUCCUGCUCUGCGCCUCACGUCCUGCUCGAUCUGCCACUGCAGGGUUCCCCGCAGACUGCAGCCAUCUCAGCAGCAGCAGACCCAGCGGGGUGUACAUCAUCCAGCCGGCGGGGUCGCCCCCGCGGGUGGUGUGGUGCGACAUGGACACCGAAGGCAAGGGCUGGACUGUCAUCCAGAGGAACACUUACCCCACCGACAUCACGUGGAAGGAGACCUGGACCACCUACAAGUACGGCUUUGGGGACGUGCAGGGAGAUCACUGGCUGGGCACCGAGUACCUGCACCUGCUGACGCAGCAGGGCACCUACAAGAUCCGCUUCAUUGUGCGGAAUAAAGCCAACGUCACCCAUUACGCUGAGUAUGACAUCUUCAGCGUGGAGAGCGAGGCUAGCGGGUACCCGCUGCGGCUGGGCCGGUUCCUGGGCAGCGGGGAGGACUAUUUCACCAGCUAUCAAUCCCGCUAUGGGGGUAUCCAUGACAACAUGAAGUUCAGCACGGCCGACAGGGACCAGGACCAAUACAGUGGGAACUGUGCCAGCAACUACGGGGGCUGGUGGUACGACAAGUGCCAGAAUGUCCUGCUCAAUGGCAAGAGGUACAUCUACUGGCCAGGACCCUGCCCGGCGGCGACUGCACAUCCUCCCUCAUCCUGGUCAAACCCACGGAUGUGUGCUGACCGCCUCACACACCCCACAGCUCUGCUACCCAUGCUGGGAGAAAUCAGCUGCAAUAAACCCUGGAGCCAGACUUUGCUGUCUUGUGUCUAA